UUUAAAAAGGAUCUAACAUAGUAUAGCUUGGACCCUUUUUGCCGUCUCUGAUAUCUCUCAAUCUCUCUUCUCUCCUUUGUAUCUCUCUCUCUCCCCAUGAAUUCAAAUUUUCAUUACCAUAUAGAUCUCAAUGAAGAUCAAAACCACCAACCCUUUUUCUGCACUCUUGGAUCGUCUCUACAUCAAGAUUCUUCUUCAUCUUCGUCUCUCUCAUCGUACCUUCCUUUCUUGAUCAACUCUCAGCAAGGGCAUGUUGAGUACAGCAACACUGCUAAAUACCAUGGUGAUCAUCAUCAUGAUCAUCUCCCCCAACCCCUCGAGGGGAAGAUGCCGAUGUCUAACGGUGGAUCAUCAUGCGAUCACAUGGUGCCAAAGAAGGAGACAAGACUGAAACUGACAAUAAGGAAGAAAGAAGAGAGGACCGAUAUUCUUCCGCUUCAGGACCAGACAAAAGCCGAUCAGAGCUGUUUGUCGCCGACCACCACAACCACCGUCAAGUGGAUGUCUUCGAAGAUGAGGCUGGUGAAGAAGAUGGUCACCAACAAACAACCCAUGGACCGAGCUCUCCAAGAAGACGAUCACGACAAGAGAAUUUCCCAGAAUCACUCUACUACACUCUACGACAAUGAUUACGGUAACAACAAUGGCGUGAUUAGGGUUUGCUCUGAUUGCAAUACCACCAAAACUCCUCUCUGGAGAAGUGGACCAAGAGGUCCAAAGUCGCUUUGCAAUGCAUGUGGAAUACGGCAGAGGAAAGCGAGGCGGUCGGCGAAGAAGAAGAUGCAAAACAAGAACAAGAGACCGCGAGACCAAUUCACUCCGCCGCCGCCAAAGGCCAAGAAGAGCAAGAUCGCUACUUCGCCGGUGGAAGAUGCCUCAGAAUCUCAGAGCAAAUCUUCGCCAUCGUCUUCAUCUUCGUCGUCGAGCAAAUUCGGUUUCGAUGAUUUGACGAUAAUACUGAGCAAGAGCUCGGCGUUUCAGCAGGUUUUCCCACAGGACGAGAAAGAAGCCGCCAUUUUGCUCAUGGCUCUAUCUUAUGGAAUGGUUCACGGCUGAUCAGAUAAAAUUUCUGAUUACAAACUAGACCAUAUAUAUAUAUAUAUAUAUAUAUAUAUAUAUUAUGUUAUAGUAUAAUAAUUGAUUCUCAAAUCAUGGUUUGGUUCUUGAUAAUUAGUUUUGCAGUGAGGAGUGAAACAUCGUAAUAAGAGAGUGAGUUCGUAGGUUUUCUGUUACCAUGGAUCUUGAUUAUGGUAUGUAUUUGAUGUUUUUCUUGCAUGGACAGGUUGAUAACCACAUCAUAUGGAUCUUCUUGUUCAUUUUCUUCUCUUAUCGUGUAAUGAAAUUCGAGGAAUAAUUAAUUAAUCUUUCCCAUUAAUUCUUUAA